UAAUUAUAAUAAUAUCUAAUUAUAAACAAUGGGUACAUGGGAGAUUCAUUUUAGAAUACUGCCGAUAUCGUCUCUACGCCCCACAAUCCUCCAUUCGUUUUCCACUAAAUGUUAAAGUAUAACAAUAUCAUUGUUCUAAAUUAACCAUAACUUAACAUCGUCUAUCCUAUCUAACUUAUCUAAUUAUAAACAUUCGCCAGAUAAAGCCAAGUCCACCCUAUCUAACUUUCUAAAUUCUAAAGAUUUACCAAAUGAAACAUUCGGCACUUCAGGGAUUUAUUUUAGAAAGCUGGCGUCAAGAUGUCGGCGGCCCACGAUCCUUCUUCAUCGUUCGUUUUCCGGCGGGUCCUCUAUUGUCCCUUCGUCCCUUUUUUGUUAGCAUGGGACGAGCUCAGGUUUAUCGGAGGGUUUUCCGGAACAUGGUCGUGCAGGCAGAACGGUUUCAAUAAUUUAACGGCCGGCCGGCGAACACAAAGAACCCUCCACCCUCGACGGGCCAUGUGCAUCGAGGUUUCUCCUCUUCCCAAAUUGUCUAUUUCUGUGCACAAUCUAAGCGUCAACUGGGAAGAAUUUACUGUACUUAUUCAGAUUACAUUUUAAGACACGAGCGAAAUUUUUUUCGAAAAUGGGACUCACGCCUCACACUGACUCUGAUUCAUUCAUACAGCCGACACGCCAGCAGAAUAAUCCUCGGAAUUGACAAAUCACUCCGACUCCGUGAAUCGCCUUCAUAAGAGAAUCGGCGUGAGUACGACGUCGUGAAUCACGGUCCACGUAGUAUUACUAUCGUGCCGUAUUUCCGGGAACAUUUGUAGUCAUCCGAAAAUGUUCGUCGAGUCCCGGCGAGACGGUAUAAACCCUGGACGAUCGACGUCCGUUGCCAGUGGAGAAAUCGUGGACGCCGCGGCUUGCCGCGGAUGCGACCCGCGGCGUCCCGCGGCGUCCCGACGCGUCUAGUCGGGUCGAGUCGUGUCGGGUCGGGUCGGGUCGGGUCUUCCCCCUCUACCUCCAUGUAGCAUACUUAAAAGCCGAUCGCGGCGAGGUGGAGGUAGAAGCGGAAGCAGAAGCCGAAGCCGAAGCAGAAGCAUCAGAAGCUUGUUGGAAGGGCCAGUGGCAGCUGUCUGUAGUGGUCUACGAGAACUCGACUCGAUCGAACUCUCCCCUCGAGAGCCAGUCAGACCGUGCCAGUUGCCUGCGUUCGGUUCGGCAGCGACUGAUUCUACCCGUAUACGCGUCCGCUUCGUGUCAGUAGUUUUCAAGCCGGUCCACAGUGUAGUCCGCUUACCAGCGUGUUUUCGAGCGGCACGUUUGCUUGUUCGGCUGCACAACGAUUCGUUGAGUCGCCGUUGGGUUACGCUCGCGAGUGGUCGCCCGCGUACACCCGUCGCUCUCUCUUUUCCGCCGCCACUGGCUGCGUAGCCAGUCGGCCGCGUGCUCGAGAUCGUGAUCGUGAUCGCGAUCAUUCUGUGACAAAGACGCUUCUUGCGACGCCUCUCCUGGGCCAACGAGAACCCCGACGGGGACACCGUUUCCGGCACGUGGAGUGCCUACCAGCCGCUUCUGUUUUUGUUCCCUGGCGCAUCGCUGACUGCUGCCUCCGUCCGGCUACUCAUCGCCUCCGAUCUUCUCUCGUGGGAGGUCAGCACCUAGCCUGCUGGGUAGAAGCUGAGAUGUUGUUAUGAUGGCCGGGACAUCUAGACGUUCAAGCUCCGAGCUUGGACCCGAUCUGUCUUCGCCGACGCCACCAAAGAAGACCAAGUACUCCGAGCUGCCUGGCAACGCGAAUGAUACGGCACUGAGCACGGGGGAUCUUGAGAGCGUUGAAACGCUAGCCUGCUCAGUGGUCGCAUCCACGCCUGACAAUACCAUCGAGCUAAUACCCGGAGGUCUUGCGGGGACAUUUGAGAUCUCCGAGGAAUCGCUGGAUGGUACGAAGCAGCUGAUCCAGACUAGCUUGGACAGACCCGUGAAGGCGACGGCUGGAACAUCGACAGAUGGACAUUUCGGCAGCUUCGAGGCCAUCGUGCAAAUGAAGUGCGGUCAGCAUGAGCAUGUUAACGCCUCCGUCAGGAAGUCUGAAACGGACUGUAACAUGCAAAUUCAGACUUCGCUGCUGGGGGAAGAUGCUUUUUACCAGGAGCUCUCACUGAUCGGGAACGGAGCCUAUGGCACCGUUUACAAGGCCAAAGACCUGAACACCGGUCAGGUUGUCGCCUUGAAGAAAGUCAGGGUGCCUCUCACCGAGGAUGGAUUGCCCUCGUCAACGUUGCGGGAGAUCGCAACGUUGAAACAGCUGGAGCGAUUCGAGCAUCCGCACAUUGUGAGACUAUUGGACGUGUGUCAAGGGAAUUACCUGCACUUGCCCUCGGCGGACGGCAUAUCUGAGAAGCUGGACCGAGGUCUCACUUUGUGGCUGGUCUUCGAGCAUGUGGAAAGAGAUUUGGAAUCGUACAUGUCCGCAUGCUCGCGUACAGGUAUCCCGGCAGAGCUCGUGAAGCGGAUGUCACAGGAGAUCCUCAGGGGCGUCGAAUUUUUACACAGCCACAGGAUCAUACAUAGGGACUUGAAACCGCAAAAUCUGCUCGUGUCUAAAGAAGGCAGAAUAAAGAUCGCAGAUUUUGGACUGGCAAAGACCUACGACUUCGAGAUGAGGUUGACUUCCGUGGUUGUGACGCAGUGGUACCGAGCACCAGAAGUACUUCUUGGCUGUUCUUAUGCGACGCCCGUGGACAUGUGGUCAGUGGGAUGCAUCCUUGCCGAAUUGAGUCGUUUGCAGCCCCUGUUCCCCGGCACGAGCGAAGGGGACCAGCUUGACAGAAUUUUCCGGGUAAUAGGAAUGCCAUCGCAAGACGAAUGGCCAGAGAACGUGUCCCUUAGUUGGACAGCAUUUCCGCAGAGGCAACCGGAGCCUUUGUCACAGAUCGUGCCAAAUCUCAACGACGAUGGUUUGGAUUUAAUUAAGUACCUGCUCACCUUCGAUCCGCACAGUCGCCUAACCGCGGCUCAAGCGCUGAAACACCGGUAUUUCGAAUCCGAGGAAGACUCCUAAUGAUUCGCUUGACAAGAUAAUACGCGGAACUGGUCAUUCUUAUACCCUGUCUUGUGAUCUGUGAUUCUUCUCUUCAAACUCUCCCCACCGUCCUUUUGGCUUCAUACAAUUUCUCGUGCAAACAAUAUCGUCACCAUCCUAACUAGAUGCUGCGCAGAAAACAUUACGUUUGCGCUUGGAAGUUAUUGCGUAAAAGCGUAUUAUUAUUGUCGUCCACGGAAAUUGUCGUCUUAUUUAAUUCAUUAACAAGGAUCGGUUAAUCAUGACUUCAUUCUACCACCUAGUUUUAUUGCCAAAUUUUCAUGCCGAUCUGCUCAGACUGCUGUAGGGUUCCCGUAGUUGUCAUAAUUAGCUAAGUUCAUUGUUAUCGUUACCUUAUUUAUUUAAAUUAAAAUGGAACCUCGAUGUUGUGUAUCGACGGCUCUUUGCCCCACAACCCCCGUUAUUAGUGACGUUAUAAUCCUAUGCCUUAAAUAUUUUAUGCAAUUAAGCUUAGACGAUAAGAAGCUACCGUACUAUAUUUAUGAAAGAUUGCUGACGCCUCAUCAGACUCGUUUCGAAUUUGAUGGAACGAGACAUCUAGGAUCGUUCGCGUAAAAAACCAGGAAGCACACUGCCAUACGUACAUAGGAACGAUCAAAAACGGUCGCAGACUCAACGUUACCUUUCGUACGUUGUAUAAACAUUUG